AUGGAAAUUCCCGAAUACUCCGAUAUCCUCGUCAUUGGCGGUGGACCAGCCGGAUCCUACGCCGCUGCCGCUCUCGCUUGCGAGGGCUACCAGGUAACACUGUUGGAGAAAGAGCACUUUCCAAGAUACCAUAUCGGCGAGAGUCUGCUGCCCUCAUGCCGGCCAUUCUUGCGCUUCAUCGACGCCGAGCAGAAGGUCGACAAUUUCGGCUUCCUGGUAAAAGUCGGCGCAGCGUUCAAAUUCGCCCGCAAUAAGCGUGAAGGCUACACGGACUUUAUCAACCCCAACCCAAAUAACGCCGCGUGGAACGUUACGCGCGCCGAUUUCGACGAGCUCCUUCUCCGCAACGCCGCCCAACACGGUGCACGCGUGGUCGAGGGAGUGACUGUCGGUGCAAUCAAGUUUGCGGACCCCGACGUUGAGCCCACGAAGUUUCAGCCCGUAUCGCUCGAGUGGAAGAGCGACCAGGGGACAUCGGGCGAGAUUAGAUUCAAAUAUCUGGUUGAUGCUUCAGGGAGAAAUGGGCUGAUGUCGACGCGCUACUUGAAGAAUCGCCAUUUCAACCAGGCGCUCAGAAGCGUCGCGUAUUGGGGAUACUGGACGGGCCAGGAGAUGUAUGCGCCGGGAACGAGCCGAGAGAAUGCCAUUUGGGUGGAGGCGUUGACUGACGAGAGUGGUUGGGCUUGGUUUAUUCCGCUGACGGAUAAGGUAUCUGUUGGCAUUGUCUUGAAGGAAGAGGUCGCAAAGGAGAAAAAGAAAGGCUUUUCCGGCCCCAACGCCAUGCGGGACUUCUAUAACAGCCAGCUCUCGUUAGUGCCAGGUGUCACCAAGUUCCUCCAGCCCGCAACGUUCCAUGGCGAGGUGAUGACUGCCGGAGACUACAGCUACUCCGCACCCGUCCACGCCGGUCCAAACUACCGUAUUGCUGGCGACGCUGGCGCUUUCAUUGACCCAUACUUCUCCUCCGGUGUUCAUCUCGCUUUUAACGGCGGGCUCACGGCCGCUGCGACCAUCGGCGCUUCAAUCCGGGGCGAUUGCACAGAGGAGGAAGCCGCCAAAUUCCACACUGCCAAAGUUGGCGCGUCCUACACUCGAUUUAUGAUAGUCGUACUCGCCGCCUACCGCCAGAUCCUCCAUCAAAGCGCGUCAGUACUGACGGAUGUGGAGGAGGACAACUACGACCGCGCGUUCUCCUUCAUUCGACCUGUCAUCCAAGGUAUGGCAGACACGAACAAAGGCGUAACAGAAGACCUGCUGCAGUCGACGAUGGACUUCUGCGAAUACGCAAUGGGCAUGACCGAUCCAGAAAUGCAUGCGGAGGUCGCCAAGCGUGUAGACCCUCAACUUCUGGCGCACGAGGGCCCGCUGAAGAGCGUCGAAGAAAUCAAGGCGAUCGCGGGGGACGACAUGGAGGUGGAGAUCGUGUUGCGAAGGGUACAGGCCAGAAAGGCGCUCGAGGCGCUGCAGUGGCAGCCGAACUUCCGCGGGGAGAUGUUUGAAGGGCUGGGUAUACGACUCGAGCGCGGGAAGUUGGGCCUGAAGCGCGCGGAGGCGGAGGGACAGUAA